GGCUCCCAGGACUCGCUGCUGGACAGUGGCAGCGGCGGUCGGGGCCAUGGAGGCGGGGGGCUCUCGGCCCCCUCCUGCGCCUCCGAGCACGAGCUGCGCGUAGUCUCGCCGGUCUUCCUGCAGCUGCCCAGCUACGAGGAGGUCAAGUAUCUGCCAACCUACGAGGAGUCCAUGCGGCUGCAGCAGCUCAGCCCCGGCGAGGUCGUGCUGCCCGUGUCCGUGCUCGGCCGCCCUCGAGGCGGCGGCGCCAGGGAGUCGGACGGCGGCGAGGGCCGCUUCCCGCUCAUCUGAGCGCCCGGGGCCGCUCGAGGACCACGCAGACAGACCUGGGAUGGGCACUGCGGCUGGGGCGCAACGGCUGGGGUGGCCGCGGCCGCCACCGACUUCCUUGGACCUCGUCUGCCACCCCGGCUUAAUCGCCCAUCGCCGGGCGACUGGGUUGGGGUCACCCCCACUCCCUGCUCUCUUAAGUUUCAUUCGGUUCAAGGAAACAUUAGGCACGCGGGGCAGGGGUGACAGCAGCGGGCAAGCUCGGAGCGCAACUUCGAAGGACGGUCCCCGCCCUCAGAUUGUGUUCACUCGUGCCAGCUUCCCGAAUCAAAGAGAACACGUGAGCCCUUUGGUGCGUCGGGAGAAGGGCAGUCUCCUUUAGGGCUGAGGGGUUAGGGGCGCAGUUCCACUCCUUUCCCUCUCUCCAGGACAGGUCAAGGUCUCCCUGUAUGGGCGGAGGUCGAGAAGCGAGCCGCGCCUGCAGACUGCUGCGCGCGUCUGGGAAAGUAGCUCGUAGGUAUGAUCAGAUCCCUCCCUUGAGGGGAACCCAGAAAAGCGCUUCCGUGUCUUCCAGGCCAAGCAUAGUCACGGCUGUUGGAUGGUUCACAGUUUGGUGGUAUACUCGUGAUAUCCAGUUAGUUGCUGUACCUACUCAAGAUACAGGAAUUACGUAUAUACAAGACCAUAUUCAUAAUAAGGUACAGUUGGACUUUUGAUUUUUCAACAACUGAAAAGAUAUUUAUAUUUGUCUUUUAUUUUUAUAUUUUACCAUAUAUUGAAUGCAUCAGGUAUAUGUGCAAUGAAUGACAAGAUAAUUGUCUUAUCACCCUUUUUAGGCCUUGAUGACCAGAAAUUGCCCACACUCUGUCAUUAUUGUUUAAUAAAAUGUUGGACAUUAUUUCAUUUACAAUGGGGGAAAAAAGAGGCAUAGUCAAAAGAGAAAACAUAUGUGACAUAAAAAACAUGAAGGAUAUCUUAUUUUCACUAUUCGAGAAGAAUAUAUUUUAUUUUUAGUACUGUGGCAUAAUAUAUAACUUUUUAUAACUAUAUAUUAUGUAGUCUAGGUUUUGUGUCAUUUACCACAGUUAUAUGUAAAAAUGACUUGAUAAAUAUAUGCCAUAUCAUGAAGCAUGAUGCUAUACACUUUCCCCUCGAUUUUUCAUUUGGAAUACAUUACAGAACAUAAGGACUUGUGAUUCAUAACUUGUUUAAAGCCAUAAUUGUGCAGUUAUAUACUACAGAAGGAUUCGGUCAACCUAUCUUAAGUAAAAAAAAAUAAGUAUCAUUGUAUCAGUUCUACCAUUCUAUGAAUGUCUUUUAAGCCAGUGCUAAUAUAAAAUAUGAAAAUGCAUUAUGUAUAAUGUACAUAUGCAUAUUGUCUAUGUACAAUAUAUACAUUGUAUACCAUAUAAUUAUUACAGUUUUUGAUUAUCAUGAAAGGAAAAGAAGGAAAAAAGUUUCUCUCUUCGAGGAUGAGUAUUACGUUAAGGAAGAUUACACAUAUGGACCUCAUAUGUGUAUCUAGAAACAUUUGUUAUGAUUGAAAGUCUGACAAUCCUGAGAAAUCUUAAAAUACCUGAAUUAUAAUAGAAGAAGAUGAUUUGAUUACUUUAAACUUGUAAAAGCUGGUUGAAAAACUGAUAGUUCUAAGAAAUUUUAAAAUGUCUCAAUUGUAAUAGAAGAGAAUAGUUUACUCUAAACCUUUAAAAGCUAAUGACCCUGUCAUUAAAAUCAUUUGAAGUGUAUUGAAGCAGAAAAACAUUAAAAUCUUUCUUUGUGUAAAUUA